AUGCCGCCCGGGACGACGGCGGCCCCCUCGGUCUCCCUCCGGGAGCUGGCCGAUCUCGCCAUCGGCACCCCAGAGGUGGGCGCCGUCAACUUCACGGCCCUGCACACGCUCAUCGUGGCCAUGCUCAAGAAUCUCAACCUGCAGGAUACUCGGAUCGACUUCCCGUCCCCGAUGCUCGAGCAGAGUCGCUUGUUCGAGUCCCCGCGGGUCUCAAGCAGCAGGGCACAGCUGCAGGCGCUGGAGAGCCAGGUGGAGGACCUGGGCGGGCAGGUCCAGGACCUCAGCCUGCAGCUCGAGACCAUGGGGGGCCAGGUGCAGGCCAUCGUGCAAAACUUCCCGUCCCAGGCCGGCGGGCUGGACGCCCGGGACUGGCUGGAAAUGAAGGAUCUGCCCUUGCUUACGGAGGGGAAAGCACAAGUAGGGUCGACGAAAGUCCGGAAGGACGGCGAGCCGGGUAUGGAGCUGCUCCAGGACAUCAAGGAAGACGCGAAAAUACUGAAGGAAGCCCAGCAAAAGGCGAAGGAGCAACCAGAGUUGCACCCGGAGUCUGAACUCUUCUUGCAGAAACUCCUCCAACGGGUUGAUGAACUGGAGAAGCUAAUUAGAGAAAGGGACAAAUUCCUGGAAAUAGUGAGCUGGAAGCUCCGUGCGAUUCCUGAUGCAGAAGAAGCCACCAUGGUCACCUGGGAAGAGCUGGAGCAGGCGGUUACUGGCGGCCGGAUGACCUCACAAAUGGUCUCAGAGUCAUCAACAAGGCUUCCUAGGCGCAAAGGGCAGGGUUCCAUGACAUCAAACGAUAAAAUUCCAAGUGGGGCCUCUACCAAGCAUCCAAGUAUUGAUGAGGCUAUAGAGUCUGCCAGUGGUUUUGGCACAGAUGAGACCUCGGGAACCAGUGGCAUAGGAUACUCCUCUGAAGGGGUUACUGGCAGGGAACAAAGCAAAGGUGCGUCUGCUACUGGGUUUCCUGGUAGAGAAGAGCACUCAAGGGCCCGUGAAGAAGCUGGCCUAACCAAACACCGUCCCCAAUUGAGAGCAGAGUCAGAUCGUCGCCGGGCUGGAGAGCAGCACGGCUUAGCACAUCUACGCAGAGAUGAACGAGAUGCACACCUUGGCCCAGUUUAUCAGGACGUAUCCUCCGCCACCUUGCCUAGAGCUCUGCAUGGUCAUGUGUCCCCAGAUCAGCAUGGGGGAGUGCACGUUAGCCAGGGUCAGAUCUAUGCACGGCCAGACCAACAUGGAUUAGGACCACUUGGCAUGAAUCAGCCUGCAUCGCUACAACCUAGCACUUACGCACAUGGUGCGGUACCCCUCGCUGUGGGUCAGCUUGGGGUGACGCCGCCUGGAAUGGAUGAGCAGGAAUUGGUACUAGCUGGCAUGGCUCAGAGUGAUGCAGUGCCACCAUUGGUAUCUGGCAGAGAUCAGCAAGGAUUGGGACUACCUGGUACAGACCAGCCUGGUAUGGUUCCACUUGGCACAUAUCAGCAUGGUGUGAUACUUCCUGGCAUAGACCAACAUGGUAUAAAACAGGCUGGCAUGGACGAGAGUGGUGUGGGACCACUUGGCACUGAUCAGCAUGGAUUGGUACCUCUUGGGGUAGAUCAGCAUGGAUUCGUAAUAUUUGGCACGGAUCAGCAGGGCUUGCUGUCACCUGGUUUGAUGCAAGUUGCUGCAGAUCAGCAAGGUUUUGUACAGCCCAGUUUGGGAACAUCUGGCUUCAUACAACCUGGCACAGAGCAGCAUGAUACAAUCCAGCCCAGUGCAGGUCAGCCUGCUUUGGUCCAACCCAGUAUAGGUCAGCCUGGUUUGGUGCAACCUGGUGCCGGUCAACCUGGUUUGGUGCAACCUGGUGCCGGUCAACCUGGUUUGGUGCAACCUGGUGCCGGUCAACCUGGUUUGGUGCAACCUGGUGCAGGUCAGCCUGGUUUGGUGCAGCCUGGUGCUGCAGGUCAGCCUGGUUUGGUGCAACCUGGUGCUGCAGGUCAGCCUGGUUUGGUCCAGCCUGGUGCAGGUCAGCCUGGUUUGAUGCAACCUGGUGCUGCAGGUCAGCCUGGUUUGGUGCAGCCUGGUGCAGGUCAGCCUGGUUUGGUGCAGCCUGGUGCAGGUCAGCCUGGUUUGGUGCAGCCUGGUGCAGGUCAGCCUGGUUUGGUGCAGCCUGGUGCAGGUCAGCCUGGUUUGGUGCAGCCUGGCGCUGCAGGUCAGCCUGGUUUGGUGCAACCUGGUGCUGGUCAGCCUGCCUCGGUCCAACCUGGUGCAGGUCACCCUGGUUUGGUGCAGCCUGGAAUGUAUCAGCAAGGUUUGGUGCAACCCAGUGCAGGUCAGCCUGGUUUGGUGCAGCCUGGCGCUGCAGGUCAGCCUGGUUUGGUGCAACCUGGUGCAGGUCAGCCUGGUUUGGUGCAACCUGGUGCAGGUCAGCCUGGUUUGGUGCAGCCUGGUGCUGCAGGUCAGCCUGGUUUGGUCCAGCCUGGUACAGGUCAGCCUGGUUUGGUGCAGCCUGGCGCUGCAGGUCAGCCUGGUUUGGUGCAACCUGGUGCAGGUCAGCCUGGUUUGGUGCAGCCUGGCGCUGCAGGUCAGCCUGGUUUGGUGCAACCUGGUGCAGGUCAGCCUGGUUUGGUGCAACCUGGUGUAGGUCAGCCUGGUUUGGUCCAACCUGGUGCAGGUCAGCCUGGUUUGGUGCAGCCUGAUACAGGUUCACAUGGCUUUUUUCAACCUGGUGUAUCUAUGCCUGGCUUGGUUCCACCUGGUACAUAUCCACCUGGUCUGGUACAGCCUGGUGGCUAUCCACAUGGCUUGGUCCAAUCUGGUGCCUAUCCACGUGGUUUCAUGCAGCCUCAUGCCGAUCAGCGUGGUUUGGUUCAACCUGUAAUAGAUCAGCAUUGGUUGAGGCAAUCUGGUACAGAUCAAGGCUUGAUACCACCAGGCACAGAGCUUCAUGGCUUUCCAACAUACCAUGCAGAUCCUCGAAGUUUUAUAUCACCACGCCCAUACCAGCAUGGUGUGGCACCUCCUGGCAGAGAUCAAUAUGGUCAGGUGUCACCACUCGUAGCCAGUCAAGGUUUGGCAUCACCAGGUAUAGACCGAGAAGGCUUGGUACCACGAGAGACUUAUCAACAAGGUUUGAUGCGUCCUGGCCCAGACCAGCGUGGCCCAAAACCAUUACGCACGGGUGUGGGAUCUGCACGCCAGGAUCAACAGCAUUUGGAAGCACCUGAACCAGAGCAGCAUGACCGGGCACAUUCUGUCCCAGACUCCCAUGGCCCAGGGUACCAAGGUGUAGAUCAGCAUGUCGAGGUGGGUUUGGAUCCAAAUGAAAUACGUGGCUCAGUCCGACCUGGAGUUUCUGUUCAGACUUCCCCAAGCCAAGAUGCCCCCUUUCUCAGGAGCACACGCUCCCUUGACUAUUUAUACCGAGGCUUAUCAGAAAGGAGUGAUGUUCAGGGUGAGAAACGUGAUUCACUGGAUAAGUUGGCUCCUAGCUUCCCCAUGGCAGUGGAAACAUUUCGUCUGAUGGGAGAGCUUAUCGGCCUCUACCUGGAGCUUAAGGAGAACGUAAAGGAUCUGGAUGGUGAACAAGCUGGCCAAACAGACUUGGAGAAGAUCCAGUACCUGCUGACACUGAUGGUCAAGAAGUCCAUACCCGCUGACCUGCAGGAACAGCUGAAGACCUUAAAGGCCUUGACCAAAGAAGUCCAGCAGGAAAAAGCAAAACUGGAGAAGGUGAACAGGAUCCUGGAUGGGGAGGGAGAGCAAGAAACAGGAAAGGAGGUGAACGCUGGCCAGCUGAGCCUGCAGCUGGGUGUCCUCAGAGUCACCGUGGCUGACAUCGAGAAGGAGCUGGCGGAGCUGAGGGAGAGUCAAGAACGGGGCAAGGUCAGCAUGGAACAUUCGGUCUCCGAAGCCUCCCUUUACCUGCAGGAUCAGUUAGACAAGCUCAGGACGAUCAUCGAGAACAUGAUGGCCUCGUCCUCCACGCUGCUGUCCAUGAGCAUGAGCGCGGCCCCGCACAAGCUCCCGACCACCCUGGCACCCAGCCAGAUCGACCCUGCGGCCACCUGCCCAGCCUGCAGCCUGGACCUGAGCCACCGGGUCAGCACGCUGGUGCAGCGCUACGAGCAGCUCCAGGACAUGGUCAGCAGCCUGGCUGCCUCCCGGCCCUCCAAGAAGGCCAAGCAGCAGAGCCAGGAUGAAGAGCUACUGGGCCGCGUGCAGAGCGCCAUCCUGCAGGUACAGGGCGACUGUGAGAAACUCAGCAUCAUCACCGGCAACCUCAUAGAGGACCAUCGGCAGAGGCAGAAGGACAUCGAAGUGUUGUACCAGGGUCUGGAGAAGCUGCAGAAGGAAAAGGCCAACAGGGAACACCUGGAGCUGGAGAUCAACGUGAAAGCCGACAAGAGUGCCCUGGCAGCCAAAGUGAGCCGUGUCCAGUUUGACGCCACCACGGAGCAGCUGAACCACAUGAUGCAGGAGCUGGUGGCCAAGAUGAGCGGGCGGGAGGGGGACUGGCAGAAGAUGCUGGACAGGCUCCUGGUGGAGAUGGACAACAAGCUGGACCGCCUGGAGCUGGACCCAGUGAAGCAGUCACUGGAGGAUGGCUGGAAAUCCUUGCGACUGCAGCUCAAAGAACGUUCUCCGCUCUACCAGGUGGACGAGGCAGCCGCCAUGCGGAGGCAGCUCCUGGCACACUUCCACUGCCUCUCAUGCGACCGUCCCCUGGAGAUGCCUGUGACUGGACAAGUCAUCCCCCUGACUCCUGUGGGCCCAGGCCUGCCCGGGCACCGGUCCAUCCGCCCCUACACGGUCUUUGAACUGGAGCAGGUCCGGCAGCAGAGCCGCAACCUGCAGCUGGGCAGCGCUGCCUUCCCCUGGGGCAACCUGGGGCAGACGGAGCGGAGCGUGGGGCGCCUGCGCAGCUUGCACUCCAAGAUGCUGAUGGACAUCGAGAAGGUGCAGAUCCACUUCGGGGGCUCCGUCAAGGCCAGCAGCCAGAUGAUCCGCGAGCUGCUGCGCUCCCAGUGCCUCGGCUGCCCCUGCUACAGACGGCUGCCAGAUGCGGCCGAUCACACCUACGGGAGGUCGCCCCGGAGCUGCGGGGGCAGCCACACCCUCACCUACCCCUACCGCCGCACCCGCCUGCAGCACCUGGCACAGGGCCUGUACCCCACCGAGGAGAUCCAGAUCGCCAGGAAGCACGACGAGGUGGAUAUCCUGGGCCUGGACGGACAUAUUUACAAGGGACGGAUGGAUACAAGGCUGCCGGACAUCCUGAACAAAGACAAUUCGGGGAUAAAGCAUAAGGCCAAGCAGUCCCGGCCCCACGUGCACCGGCAGCAGUCACUCAGCGACAGCGGUCAGCUGCCCUCACGGUCCCAGAGCGCUCAGAUGCUGGCUGGCAACGACUCAGAAGAGGAAAUAGGGACAGAGUUGCAGCCCAAGCUCUGGCUCCAGGCCCGAGUCCAUCCCCUGCUCACGUGUGCCGACUCUCACCUGCCCAGUGAGAUGACACCUGCCGACAGCUCACCUGCCCAGUGAGAUGACAAACCUGCCAGCGGGGCUGGAGAUGCACAUGGACGCGCCUCCUGGGGAGGGGCUCGAGGAGCCCAUUCCGGGGCCAGGCUGAGCAGAGCUAUAAAUAAAUGUUUAGGAAAAAGCUUGGGGCCUUGCAGCUUCUCUGGUCCUGGCUCAGGAAGGUGGAGUGAGAGGCAGGGGCCGCUGCAGGUCGGAUGGCAGACCUCUUGCAGCCUGACCAUUAGGCCAUGGAGCUAAGCCCCCUGGCCUGGAAGGUCCCCCAAAGUCCCUGCUCUUCCCAGAGGGGCUAAAUCCUGCCUGAAAGCCAGAGGGCUAAGGGUUCCCUUGGGGUUUGGCUACACAUGGGGCCAGAGAGGGACAGUGGCCUGGAGCUAGGAGGCUGGAUCACUUCCAGGUGACUCUGAGCACCUCUCCCCCUUCUCUUGACCAGUUUCCUCAUCUGUCGAUAAAAGGGUGCUAGAUCAGGGCUGCUCAGUUAGGCUCCCCCUUGAGAGUCUAAGAAAGGUGCUGAUUUGCUUCCCAUCAAAAGCUACGCACCCACAAUGCUUUGCAGCUACUUCCGGAGGUUCAAGGACCACCCCCACCCCCUGCCCAGGUUAAGAGCCCCAGCUACACCCCCCUUCCAGUUCCAGCAUUCAGUGGGUGCCUGGAGGAAGCAGAAACAGAAUAAGCGGAAACAGAAUAAGUGGUGGUCAUGUUGCCUCGCCUCUGUUGAGGGUUCCUGACCGGCCAGGCACUGCUGAGGAGCUUUCCACCUACAAACCAGUCUUCAUCCUCAUGCAUUAAGAGGCAGGGACCACUGUUGGUCCCACCUACAGCUGAGAAAGCCGAGGCACAGAGAGGUUAAAGUAUUUGCACAAGGUCACACAGCUAGGAAGCAGCAGAGCUGGAGUUCAAAGCCAAGCCAUCUGGCCCCAGAGCCAGCGCUGGUGACAAAGGGUAAGAGCCUGGGAUGGAGGAUUCAGCAGUGGACCGACAGCACAGGUCUGUGGCUCUUGGUUCCGAGUUGAUUUCUUGGGGGUACUUAGCUUUUUUCUCCCCAGCACUCCACCGUCUACUCCAAGGGCACUUAAAACGUGUGGACGCAGCAGCAAGAGGGAGGGUAGUGUUAGGGAAAAUUCCUGCACCUAUUUGUGUCAAUAUUGCCUAAACAGUCCGUGUAUUAAGAGGGAACGUUACCAAAGAGGCAGGCUCUCAGCCCCUGGUGAAAGCUUAUUUAUUUUUAACUCAGAUUAUAAAGGAGUGUGACUUAGGGGCUCGUAUGAGGGCUUGCCACCCCCCCACCCCUCCCCAGCAUGAUGCCCUAGCUCGGCCUGGCUACUGGGGCUGCUCUCGACUUCCCUGGGCUUCGCGCUAGCUGGGCUGGGCCGCUGGCGGGCGUGGGAGC